AUGUCGAUUCACUUGCAAAUUAAAAAACAACAUAUUGACGGGAAAAAUAACAGCCAGGUGCACUCGGUACCCUGCAAAAUUCAACGCACUGGACCAGCAAAUGUUUCCAAGUAUUUUACGCCGUACAUCACAAAAACCGACGAUGAUCAUUUUAAUGCGUCCUUUCGCGGAUACCCUUUGCAUGGAAAAAAAUUGUACGUUCCUGAGGGAUACAAGGGAAUUGUUUUUUUCGAAAAAAAGAAACCUGUAAAUCCUGACCUUAAGAGGACUUUUAACUCUACGGAGUCUUUCACAGAGUUUACUUACUGGAAUUGGGAUAAACUUCCGUCUAAAAAUGACGCAUUCGACGCUGCGUUAGACUGGGUUGACAUUGCUGAAUCCCUACAAAAAACCAAAACAAUUAUUCAAAACAACCAACUAAAAAUUGUUCAUAUCAAUAGCUUGCUCUUGAUACUUGGAUUGCUCUUGCUGCUGUUUAAUGAAAGCGCUGAGACGGUUAAGUAA